AGUGAGGCCCAAGCCAUUAAUAGAGCUAUACUAAAAUCCACUGAGACGCUGGUUCCCGCAUUUCUCUUUGCGAUUCAACUCUCUCUUCUCUCAGAUUUUCAACUUUGUUCCGGGAAAGCUCGAGUACCGGACCUGAUGUCGAUCUUUGAGUAUAAUGGAAGUGCCGUAGUUGCGAUGGUGGGGAAGAAUUGUUUUGCCAUUGCUAGCGAUCGUAGGUUUGGAGUUCAGCUUCAGACAAUUGCCACGGAUUUCCAGAAAAUUUACCGGAUUCAUGAUAAGCUAUUUCUUGGCCUUUCGGGCCUUGGUACCGAUGCUCAGACACUGUACCAACGACUUGUCUAUCAGCACAAACUAUACCAGCUUCGAGAAGAGAGGGACAUGAAACCUGAGACAUUUGCUAGCCUUGUCUCAGCUCGUCUAUAUGAGAAAAGAUUUGGUCCAUACUUCUGCCAGCCUGUAAUUGCUGGAUUGAGUGAUGAAGACAAACCUUUCAUUUGCACAAUGGAUUGCAUUGGGGCCAAAGAGCUUGCUAAGGAUUUUGUUGUUUCUGGCACUGCAUCAGAGUCCCUUUAUGGUGCGUGUGAGGCAAUGUUUAAGCCUGACAUGGAACCAGAGGAAUUAUUUGAAACCAUCUCUCAAGCGCUGCUGUCUUCUGUGGAUCGGGACUGUUUGAGUGGAUGGGGAGGACAUGUCUAUGUUGUUACGCCAACUGAAGUAAAAGAGCGAAUCUUGAAGGGACGAAUGGAUUGAUCCUUCUUCCGAUGUAUGAAAGGUGACGUGUUUCGUGAUUACUUCCAAUUAGACUGCAGCCCAGGGAUGGAGUUCACGAGUGAAAUGCAAAAAACUUUCAUUUUGGGCUGAAAGUUGUACUCUGCUCUAUAUAUUUGUCAUGGGAAUUAGCUUUAUCUAGAACUGUCCACGUGAAACAAGGUUUUUAUUAAACAAAAUGUGCUUUGGUUCCAAAAUUGAUUAAUUUAGAUUCCAAUUUUUCUAUUACUCUUUGAUGGUAA